AUGUACGAUCCUCCGUGUGCAUUCGCCUGCCGGAACGCCAUUGCCCCGCACCGCCUUAAUUGCUCGACUGUUGAGCCGAAGCCUAGAGAGAGGCGACACGGCGGCCACGAGUCCAAGUUCAGGACAACGCCCGCGUGUUUUGCGACGGACGAGUCCUAUCUCGAGUCACUGGCUUGGUGCAUUCAGGCUCGCUGCGAUGAGCUGGAGACCUGGGCCAUCGACAAGUUCUGGGCGUCCGAUGUCAUCUGGAAUCAGGCCGCCGAGCACCGUGAGACGCCAAGACUCGGCUUCCAUGACGCCCUUUCCCAGGCCAGAAAGGCACCAAGCGAGGAGAUGGAAGAGCAUGAGGUUUUGACUGGUGCAAAACUCGUUCCUGACAAGGACUGGGACAGGACCUUUGCCAUGGUGAGGACGUUUGCUCGUGUAGAGACGUCCAAUUCCAAAAUCAUCGUUGCCCUUACGGCCGUCCUGCUUCCCAUCUUCAUUGCUCUGUCUAGCAGCAUCGCAAGCUCUACCAAACUCGAGGCAUUUGUCCUGACUAAACUCAUCUAUCCCCCGCUCUGGGGCCAGCGCCACCUGGUCCCUCUUCCCCUCGAUGUUGGACUUCUCCCAACAAGGGGCCAGAUGGCCUUCAUCAGCUUCCAGCUCCUCCUCAACGUCGCCCUCUCUAUAUUUGGAUAUAGCUCUGUCGGUUCAGCCUGGUCGGUGGACAAUGUCCGGAAACUGGAGUUCUUCGCGAACCGCGUCGGCAUCCUCUCCUUUGCCAACCUCGCUGUCGCCAUCCUCUACGCCACCCGCAACAACCCCCUCGUCAGGAUCACAGGCUGGUCGUACAGCUCUUUUCUCCUGUAUCACCGCUGGACGGCAUACCUGUGCGUCCUCCAGGCCCUGCUCCACUCAGGUAUCUGGCUCGCGCUCCACAUCCACGUCCUUCCCAAGAAGUUUGCCCAGGCCUAUUGGACCAUCGGAACUCUGUCCAUGGUGGCAUGGUGUCUCAUGGUUCCGCUGUCCGUGCUCUUUGUACGCCGGCGGUACUACGAGUUCUUCCUCAACAUGCACGUCCUUCUGGCGUCGCUGUCUGUCGCUGGGUGCUACUACCACAUCUACUUCAAGUUCAGCCACGCCUACGGCUAUGAAAACUGGAUCUAUCUCGCCUCCCUCAUCUGGGUGGUGGAGCGUCUCGUCCGUCUCGCAAAGCUGGCCAAGAAUGGUAUCCGCCGCGCCGCCAUAACCGUCAUUGACGACGAGUACAUAUCCAUCACGGUUCCCGGCGUCAAAGCGACGGGCUACGCCUACCUCUAUUUCCCCUCCCUCAGCUGGCGUGUCUGGGAGAACCACCCCUUCUCCAUCUCGUCCUCGAUACAAGACAGCACGGCCCUCGACUACGCAGCCGACGCCGAGGGAGAUCUCCCCUUCGAGCUCGUAGGCUCCGACUCGGAAGCAAGCGCCGAUCUUGAGAAGGAACGCGCCAACGAUUUUGACGACACCUCGCACGAGCAGCGUGCCCUCCAUCCAGACAGCAUUCCGCUGACGCCCGUCACCCCACAGACGCCUCACUCUGGCACGGCGCUCCUCGCCCACGAAGAGCAAGACGAUGACGAGAUGGAUGAUGAGCGACCAAAGCAUACAUCGCCGAUACCCUGCCUCACGUUCCUCAUCCGUCGAGAAAAGGGCCUGACGGCAAGACUCGCCGCCACCUCGUCUUUACCCGUCCUUGUCGAGACGGCACCUCCACCGUUGUCCCUCAAUCGCUACGCUACAGACCCGCAUGUCGUCUGCGUGAUUGGCGGCGCAGGCAUCACGGCCGUCAACCCGCUCCUCGCAGCACGCUCGAGAUUGCCACAUGCUCGGACGGCGCUGUACUGGGCGUGCCGGUCAUCGGCUUUGGUGACGCACGUUGGUGUCGACAAGUUGACGGGGCCGGGGCUGGACGUAAAUGUCCGCGUCGGAGCAAGGUGGGACAUGCGGAUCGGGUAA